UGUUGAACACAUAAAACACAAAUUGUGGUUUCUCUGUUGACAUUAUUACGGAGAAUUCUUGUGACAUGGUAAUCAAAGUCCUUGUAAUUAGUUAUAAAAAGGAUACUAAACAUAUGCAUUUAUCAUCCUAAAGAAAGAAAAAAAAAGUGAACUAAAAUCAAGAAAAUGACUCUAUGCAGCUCAAAGGAGUUGCAUGACUUGAUCACCUCAAGCAUACAAUAUCCCAUGUUAUUCCCCAUCUCCAUUUUCAUCAUAUCUCUAUUCAUUUUGUUCACAAGAUUUAGAUCACGUGCCAAAUUCAACUUACCACCAUCCCCGCCAAGCUUACCAGUGAUUGGCAACCUUCACCUUCUCGGCUCCCAUCCGCACCGUUCUCUCCGACAACUUUCAACCAAAUAUGGUCCAUUAAUGCUCUUGAAAUUGGGUCAAGUCCCAACCCUUGUGGUUUCAUCUUCAGAAAUGGUGAAAGAGAUUGUCAAGAAGCAUGACGUCGUUUUCUCCGACCGGCCUAAAACCUCCGCCGCUGAAAUCUUCCUUUAUGGGUGUCAAGAUGUGGGCUUUGCUCCUUAUGGGGAGUAUUGGAGACAAGUCAGGAAAGUAUGUGUUCUCGAACUCUUGAGUCUCAAAAGGGUUCAGCAAUUCCACUUCGUGAGGGAAGAAGAGACAGAUCUUUUGGUUAAUAGGAUUAGAAAAGGUUGUAAAGAUGGGGCCUGUAUAAAUCUUAGUGAGCUGUUAGUCUUGACCUCUAACAAUAUAGUCUCUAGAUGUAUUCUUGGGCAGAGUUUUGAGGAGGAAAAUGGUCAGAGCAAAUUUGGAGAGCUAACGAGGAAGGUCAUGGAAGAUUUUGCGGCCUUUAGCGUUGCAGAUUUCUUUCCUAGCAAAUAUUUGAGAUGGAUCGACGUUGUUACGGGGUUUACAGGGCGCUUGACUCGGAGGUUUAAAGCGUUAGACACUUUUUUCGAGCAACUAGUUCAAGAACACAAGGAAGUACUUAAUAGUGAUCACAGUGAAUCUGGAAGGAAAGACUUUGCGGGCAUUCUCCUUGGACUUCAAAAGGAUGGCAUGCUUGACUUUGACCUCACUGGUGAAAACAUCAAAGCAAUUCUCAUGGAUAUGUUCGUGGGGGCAAGUGAUACUACUUCAACAGCAUUGGAAUGGUUAAUGGCAGAGCUUGUGAAAAAUCCAAGAGUGAUGAAGAAAGUUCAAGAAGAGGUUAGAAGAGUGGUGGGAAGUAAGUCCAAGAUCGAUAUGAAUGAUAUCAACCAAAUGGGCUACUUAAAAUGUGUCAUCAAAGAAAAUUUAAGGCUUCAUCCGCCACUCCCUUUUUUAGUCCCUCGACAGACUUUAUCAAAUGUUAAGCUUGGAGGGUAUGAUAUUCAUGUAAAGACAAGAGUGUUCAUCAAUGUAUGGGCCAUUCAAAGGGACCCAAGUGAAUGGGACAAGCCAGACGAAUUUCGGCCAGAAAGGUUUGAGAACAACCCAAUUGAUUUCAAAUUGGGCCAAGACUUCCAACUUGUUCCAUUUGGCGUUGGGAGAAGAGGUUGCCCAGCUGUGGCAUUUGGGACUAUUAGUGUUGAAUAUGUGUCUGCCCAUCUAUUAUAUUGGUUUGAUUGGACGUUGCAUUCUAGUGACGGCGGAGCGGUAUUGGCAGAGGAACUGGACAUGAGUGAAGAUUAUGGACUCACUGUUCAUAAGAGUACCCCUCUCCAACUCGUACCCAGCACACCAUACUUCCCUUGAUAUUUGCAAAUGGAGUCUAUCAUCUAUUAUGUGUUGUAAAAUUUCUAAACCAUUUAGAAAUUAUAAUAAGAACUAUGUUUAGCUAUGUCUGUGCCUUAAAUUGUAGUCCUAGGCUUAACUUAUGUAGUUGGUUUCACACCUCUUCUCUCUGGGAGGAGUUCAUGGGUUGAAUCCCUCCCCACCACCCUAAUAUAUCAAUGAUGUAAUAAAAAUAA